CUAUUCUGCACCAAGAUCACAUCUUCGACCUUCUCUAGUCGAAGGAGACCGUUGACAAUCAAGAGAGCACACCUAGAACCGGAACCGGAACCAACAAUAUUACCUCGUCACCUACUACUACUAGGCGGCCUCACUGUUGAAUUAGCGCCAGAGUCAAAUAUGGUUCCCGUCCUCCGUCCUCCUAGCUUUUCAUCUCUUUCUCAACCUCUUGAGGCUCUUGGCUCCACCCCCGAUCUCCAAUCUGUUCUGGGUGUUGUUGAUGAAUCUGAAGAAGACCUUGACACAGAAAGUGAAACAGAGUACUUCGUUAGUGACCCCCCUCCAUACUGCCCUCUCCAUCAUGCCCACGGACUGAAAGUCGUCUCCAGCUGGCAGAGGAUCAGGAGGCGACGGAAAGUCAGGAAGUUGAGGAGCGUCAGCAAUGCCUACAGGAACCUCCGACGAUGGCAUCAUUUUCCCUCCCUACACCCACCCCCGCCCUCACUAAACGCCGACAUGCUCUGCUCGAACUUCUUACUUCAGAACGUGCUUAUGCGAGUGAUCUGGCACUUAUCAGGGAUGUGUAUAUUAAUUUGGCAUCCGAUCUUCCACAUGAGUCGUCCAACGCCAAGGGUCCAAUUCAACCUCCACGCCUGACAUGUGAUCCACCACUGUCUACCAUCGACAUACGCAUUAUCUUCCGUAACAUUUCCACCCUCGCUACCCUAUCUGACAUGCUCGUGUCCAAGCUCGAGAAAGUGACCGAAGGAGGCAAGGGACUGGGCGAGGUGUUCCUGAAGGUGAUCCCCCUCCUCACGCCCCCUUACAUGACCUAUAUCACCACUCACCCUCGUGCACUCGCGCACCUCGAUGCCCUCAGCGCCCCGCCGCAGCUGAAACCCCAAUUCUCCCGGUGGCUCAAGGAGAGCAAAGAACUAGUCGAGGCACACACGCACGCAUUGGACUUACCGAGUUUACUAAUGAAACCGGUUCAGAGAUUUAUGAAGUACAGGUUGUUAUUGAGUGCUGUGAUCAAUGCUACCCCGGAGCCACUCGUCGUCGUGACUGCAGAAAGCGGAGGCACAAGGGAGGUGUUUGGGCAACUAGAGGAGAGGGCUGAAGGGCUUGAGAAACUGAGAGAGGCGAAGCAGAAAGCAGAGGAAGCAGCUCGCUUUGUGAAUAAGGGACGAAGGCGAGUAGAAAUUAUCAGGGAGGUCCUUGGGUCUGGACAUGCAAAAGAUGGCGCUGGAGGAGGUAGAUCCAUCAGCAUCCCCAAGAUGGGAGUUGUAAAUGCCUCCAUCUCACGCUUGCGUUUCCUGCGCACUCCAAAGAAAGGCUCCAUCUACCUUCCAGAAAUAGAGCCUGACCCUGAACACGCUGAAGCGGCCCUCGUCGCUGCCCUCGAAAGCAAGCUCAAGUUGCACAUCACUACCCUCUCUCAUCUCGCUCGGGAUGCAGUGGCAUACGCACGGACUCUGCAUGCACUAUUCGGUGCACUCGUCAAGUGGGGAUGGGCGUUCGCAGGCGUUAUUGGCGUCACCGUGAGCCCUGAGCUCAACAGUUCCAGCUCCAAUCCCACUUCAACAUCUCACGCUAGUACACCAGACCUCACAGGGACUGAUCAAAGUGAAGCCUUCGACGCAUUCCUCGCACUAUGUACGGGUCUCAUCAAGCUCACACAAGAACUUGAGCAUGAACUUCAUACACACAUCCUCCCCUCCCUCCAAUCUCUCAAAAGCACCUCCGUCGCACCGCUUAAGCUCCUCAGCGCACAGCAUACUCUGCAACCGCUACAUCUACAUCUUCUGCACCUCCCAAUCACGCGCAAGCAUCGUCCGCCUGAGGUGCUGCUACAGGCAAGCCAGAGCUAUGUCGCACUGCGUGGGCAGCUUGCGCUGGAGUUGCCUGUGUAUGUGAGGCUCCUGGAACGCGGCAUCAACGGGGUGGUGCUAGACCUAGCAAGGGUGAUGGAAGCAUUCUGGGAAGUUGUGGGCGAGCGGUGGGGAGAGUUGUGGGAUGCGUUGGUGGAUGGGGAGGACCUUGGAGGGGCUGAAGAUGCAGGUGUAUCAAGAGACGUUAUGGGCCAUGUAGACCGACCAGGGAGCAGAGGCGAGACGGUACGCGUCUGGCGCGAACGAUGGGGUGAUGUGUUGGGCGUACUUGGGACCUUGGCGGUUAUUAAUUUCCCUAGGAAGAUUCAGCAGCCGCGUGCUGUGAAUUCACAGCACUACGUGGUGCAACAUGGACAACAACAUUAUCGUACUUCACCACAACAUACCCCUGGUCCUGGCAGGGGGGCCGAGGGUGUGCCACCUGUGUCUUCCGCUCUGCAUUCACCACGUCUGCAUUCACCACAAACUCCCACUGUUCGCAUCACCGACUUGCAAGGGCUGUGCGCGCUCUACCAGUGUGCUGUGAUACACACAUGUAUACCACCUUCGGGGAUGUCAUAUCGGGGUAUACCGUUCUUCGAGGUGCGAUCUGGAGAUACGUUUGAUGUACUUAGGGAGUAUGGACAUCCGAGCACGCAUCCGGAUUUACCGCUGUAUGUGGAUGAUGGGGAGGAUUGUUUGUUGCUUGUACGGGAGCUUGCUGAUGGGGGGAGAGGAGAGGUUGGCUGGGCGUUGGCAAGUUUUUUGGAGCCCCUGAAUUAAUCAUCGAGUUGUUUUGGGUGCAUUCAAAUAUUCAAGACGUCGCACGGCUGCAUAUAAUAAAUU